AGCUCUUUACCAGCAGCAAUGGCAUUUCGUCCAAAUGCCAUCAGGACUGGCCUGCAAAGAGAACUGAUUGCAGCAUGUACAAUUUCAUUGCAAUGCAGGAAUUUCAGCGUUCUCAGUCGCCCGCCACCGAAUUAUCCUGGGCACAUUCCUCUUACGAGGAUUGAGAAAGCUGGGCUGGCAAUAGGGUCCGCGAUCAUGUCUCUACGUGAUCCUCAUCGUGGAGACUUGAUCGCUGCCCUUGGCGAAGCAACAGCUACUCCAUACUUCAUCUACCGGCUCCGCGAUGCUAUGCUCUCCUCCCCUACUGGCAGACGCAUACUCAAAGAUCGUCCACGAAUAAAUUCGAAGACGAUGUCUAUGGAGUACCUCCGCGGACUGCCAGAACACACGGUGGGCCGUACAUAUGCGGAGUGGUCGGACAGAGAGGGCGUGAGUCCAGAUACCAGGAGUGAGGUACAGUACAUAGACGACGAAGAGUGCGCCUAUGUAAUGCAACGGUAUCGUGAAUCUCACGAUUUCUACCAUGCCUUGACAGGUCUGCCCAUUGUUCGAGAAGGAGAGGUUGCUUUGAAAGCUUUUGAGUUUGCAAAUACAUUGCUGCCGAUGACGGGCCUGAGCAUGUUUGCAAUGACCACUCUCAAGCCGGAGGAGAGAAAAAGGUUCUGGACUAUCUUUCUGCCGUGGGCUAUCAAGAAUGGUGUUGGGGCCAAGGAGGUCAUCAAUGUCUACUGGGAGGAAGAGUUAGAGAGGGAUGUGAGGGGAUUGAGGAAAGAAUUGGGCAUUGAACAACCAGUCAACCUCAGAGAAAUUAGAGCGAAGGAUAGGGCGAGGAGGAAGGCAGAGAAGGAAGCCAAGCAGAGGGCUGGAGAUAGUUUGGGUAUCAACUAG